AUGAGCGAGAAUGGAAUAGAUGGUGGAUAUGAUAAUCAAAGAUCUCGCUCAAGGUCACCCGUUCGUCAUUUGAAAAGCGAAACCAGUAGGUUUGAGCACGACCGUGAUGACGCUGGAAAGAGCCGCUCCUACAACAUUGGCGGUCAUCGUAUUGAAGGAAAUUAUGAGAACUCUUCAGAAAACCACGUUAGUAGGUACGAAAAUGGGAGAUACUCGAGGUAUAGUGGUUAUCAAAGAGACGAUUCAAAUCAAAGAUUUUCGAAUGUUGGGGGCAACUACCGUGGUGGAUACGGGCCUCGAAGAGGUUAUAAACGUUCAAACUACAUGAAAGACGAAGUAAGAGAUACUAAAGAUAGAGCGCCAAGAGAGCGGGGUCCUCUACUUUCGAGAGAGUUGGAUAGCCCCUACCAAGAAAAAUUGAACAGGAAUUACGCAAAUAGCAUAUUUGUAGGAAACUUGACCUACGAUUGUCAGCCUUCUGAUCUCGAACAAUUCUUCGGAGAAGUUGGUGAGGUCAUCAGAGCUGAUAUCAUCACAUCUCGCGGCCAUCACAGGGGAAUGGGCACAGUCGAGUUCACUAAUGGGCAUGAUGUCAACGAGGCAAUUAGAAGAUUUAACGGAGCUUCAUUCUUGGGGCGCGAUAUCUUUGUCAGACACGAUAACCCUCCUCCUGAGAGCAUGAGAGCUGAGAAUCCGAUAUCGAGGGAAGGUGCGAGAGAUCGCUUCCAAUCGGGAUAUGAGGUCUUCGUUGCAAAUUUGCCCUUUUCCAUCAACUGGCAGGCUUUGAAAGACAUGUUCAAAGAAUGUGGCAUUCCAAUACGUGCAGAUGUCAAACUAGACCGUGACGGGCGUUCUCGAGGGUUCGGAACAGUGAUUUUCCAAACGAUCGAAGAAGCACACGCAGCAAUUGAACAGUAUAAUGGAUAUGAGUUGGAUGGAAGGAUAUUGGAGGUGAAAGAGGGCCACAAUUCAUUUGUCAAUAACAACAGUUUAUCCAAAAAUCAUAAAAGUGUCGAGCAUUAUCCACAAAACAGAGAGCAGGCCAUCCCAAGAACUGGUAAAGAGAGUGAAAACAAAGUUAUCUACGUAGAGAAUUUGCCCCUUGCUACAGCAAAAAGUGAUCUCUUUGAUCUUUUCGAAACGAUUGGAAAAGUCACAAAUGCUGAGAUAUUCUAUCACGACAAAAGUGGUUCUGCAUACGUGGAAUACGAAAAUGAAGAAGAUGCCAAAGUGAGUAUCAAGAGAUUAAAUAAUUAUACCUAUGGAGGUCAUGAUUUAAUCAUUGGUUUCGCUAAAAAAUAA